UCAAAGUGAAAAUACACAUGUAAACCCUGGCGUUUGCAGAAGAUGAAAGACAUCGACAUAGGAAAAGAGUACAUUAUACCCAGUCCUGGGUAUAGAAGUGUGAGGGAGAGAGCUAACUCGGUGCAGCAUGAAGAACAGGAAGGGUCAAAAUUUCAGCAUGCUAAACAUAAGAUAGAAUGCCAGGAUGCCUUAGAAGCAGCGGCUCGCGCAGAGGGCCUUCCGCUGGACACCUCCAUACACUCCCAGCUGAGAAUACUGGAUGAAGAGCAUCACAAGGGCAAAUACCACCAUGGCCUGAAUGCGCUGAAACCCAUACGGACUACUUCCAAACACCAGCACCCUGUUGAUAAUGCUGGGCUUUUCUCCUGUAUGACCUUCUCCUGGCUCACUCCUUUGGCCCACAAAGCAUACAAAAAAGGGGAAUUGUUUAUGGAUGAUGUAUGGUCUUUGUCAAGGCAUGAGUCUUCAGAUGUCAACUGUAGAAGGCUGGAGAGGUUGUGGCAGGAAGAACUGAAAGAAACUGGGCCUGAUGAUGCUUCCCUACGGAGGGUCGUGUGGAUAUUCUGCCGCACCAGACUCAUCAUUUCCAUAGUGUGUCUGAUGAUCACGCAGCUCGCAGGUUUUAGUGGACCAGCGUUCGUUGUGAAACAUCUCUUGGAAUAUACGCAGCAGAGUGAGUCCAACCUGCAGUACAGCUUGUUUUUAGUUUUUGGCAUCUUUAUGACGGAAAUAGUGCGAUCCUGGUCCCUUGCACUAACCUGGGCUUUAAAUUACCGCACGGGGGUUAGACUGCGUGGAGCUAUCUUGACAAUGGCAUUUAAGAAAAUUCUCAAACUGAAGAAUAUCAAGGAGAAGUCUCUGGGAGAGCUCAUAAACGUAUGUUCCAAUGACGGUCAAAGGAUGUUUGAAGCUGCAGCAGUUGGCAGUUUGUUGGCUGGGGGCCCUAUUGUGGCCAUCUUAGGAAUGGUUUAUAACGUGAUCGUUCUGGGUCCAACAGGCUUCUUGGGCUCUGCUGUCUUCAUCCUUUUCUACCCAGCAAUGAUGUUUGUAUCACGCCUCACGGCUUAUUUCAGAAGAAAAUGUGUAUCAACAACAGAUGAACGUGUGCAGAAGAUGAAUGAAGUUCUUAAUUAUAUUAAGUUCAUUAAAAUGUAUGCCUGGGUCAAAGCAUUUUCUCAGAAUGUUCAAAAAAUUCGGGAGGAAGAACGUAAAAUCUUAGAGCGUGCGGGCUACUUCCAGAGCAUCACUGUGGGUGUGGCUCCCAUAGUUGUAGUUAUUGCCAGUGUGGUGACGUUUUCUGUCCAUAUGAUCCUUGGCUACGAUCUUACAGCAGCUCAGGCAUUCACAGUGGUCACUGUCUUUAAUUCAAUGACUUUUGCUCUAAAAGUAACACCUUUCUCAGUGAAGUCUCUGUCUGAGGCAUCUGUUUCUGUUGACAGAUUUAAGAGUUUAUUUCUAAUGGAAGAGGUUCAUAUGAUAAAGAAAAAACCAGCCAAUCCUCAUACCGCGAUAGAGGUGAAAAAUGCUACCUUGGCUUGGGACUUCUCCCACGCCAGCGUCCAGAGCUCACCAAAGUUGACCCCCAGAGUGAAAAAAGACAAGAAGGUCACAAAGGGCAAGAAAGAGAAAAUGAAGCUGCAGAAUGAGGGACAGCAAGCUGUGCUGGCAGAGCAGAAGGGCCAUCUUCUAGUGGACAGUGAUGACCAUCCUAGCCCUGAAGAGGAGACCAAAAUCAUCCACCUGGUUAACCUUCGGCUUCAGAGGACUCUCUACAACAUUGACUUGGAGAUAGAAAAGGGAAAACUGGUUGGAAUUUGUGGCAGUGUGGGGAGUGGAAAAACUUCACUUAUUUCAGCUAUUUUAGGACAGAUGACUCUGCUGGAGGGUAGCAUUGCAGUAAGUGGAACAUUUGCUUACGUGGCCCAGCAGGCCUGGAUUCUCAAUGCUACGCUUAGAGACAACAUUCUCUUUGGAAAGGAAUAUGAUGAAGAAAGAUAUAAUACUGUGUUGAAUGGUUGCUGUCUGAGACCUGACCUAGCCAUCCUUCCAAAUGGGGACCUGACAGAGAUCGGUGAACGAGGGGCUAACCUGAGUGGAGGACAACGUCAGAGAAUCAGUCUGGCUCGAGCACUGUACAGUGAUAGGAGCAUUUAUAUCCUUGAUGAUCCCCUUAGUGCCUUAGAUGCUCAUGUGGGAAAUCACAUUUUUAACAGUGCAAUAAGGAAGCACCUGAAGGCAAAGACUGUCCUUUUCAUCACUCAUCAGCUUCAGUAUCUUGUUGAUUGUGAUGAGGUGGUUUUCAUGAAAGAAGGCUGCAUUACUGAGCGAGGAAGUCAUGAGGAACUGAUGAAUUUAAAUGGUGACUAUGCAACCAUUUUUAAUAACCUACAGCUGGGAGAAACACCACAUAUUGAGAUUAAUAUAAAGAAGAACACAAACAGUUCACUGAAAAGACCCCAGGAUAAAAGUACCAAAGCAGGGUCUGUGAAGAAGGAGAAAGUUGUGAAGAAGGAAGAGGGCCAAUUGGUGCAGUUGGAAGAGAAAGGCAAAGGCUCUGUCCCCUGGUCUGUUUACGGCAUCUACAUUCAGGCAGCUGGGGGCCCCUUUGCGUUCCUCAUCAUCAUGGCGCUCUUUGUGCUGAAUGUGGGCAGCACAGCUUUUAGCAACUGGUGGCUGAGUUUCUGGAUCAAGCAAGGCAGUGGAAACACCACUGUGACGUUGGGAAAUGACACUGUCAUAAGCAACAGUAUGAAAGAUAACCCUCACAUGCAUUACUAUGCUGGCAUCUAUGCUCUGUCUAUGGCAGUCAUGUUGAUCCUGAAAGCUGUUCGUGGCGUUGUCUUUGUAAAGGUAGGUGCCAGCACUACCUAUUGCUUUUCUUCUGCUCCCCCUCUUUCCCCUCCCCACGACUUCUGCGUAUCCAGAACUGGCUGUCAUUGUGGUGGUUCUUUGGGUCACCACCCAGAGAUACUUCUGAACCUGAGGAAGUCAGGUUGUGGGUUGCAAGAUUGCCAUCAAGUCACUUCUUGGGGCUGCGUCGCGUUUGCGGUUAAACCUCUGCUUGAAUCAAUGAAUAGCUUCCUUCUGCUGCCUGGAAACCCAGAAUGCAAGAAAAGAGCUAUACUUACAGUUCAAGAGAGACUAUCAGUGGAAUGUUUUGUUGCUCAGGGGAGGGGCAGUAAUGUGAAGGCAAAGACCCUUUUCCCCAUGAAGUUCUUUGACACUACACCGACUGGACGGAUUCUCAACAGAUUUUCCAAAGACAUGGAUGAGGUUGAUGUUCGUUUGCCAUUUCAAGCUGAAAUGUUCAUCCAGAACGUCAUCCUUGUGUUCUUCUGUGUGGGAGUGAUUUCUGGAGUUUUUCCCUGGUUCCUGGUGGCAGUGGGGCCCCUCGUCGUCCUGUUCACAGUUCUGCAUGUCGUGUCUAGAGUUUUUAUUCGAGAGCUGAAGCGUCUGGACAACAUCACACAAUCUCCAUUUCUGUCUCACAUUACAUCUAGUAUACAGGGUCUCUCCACAAUCCAUGCCUAUCACAAAGGACAGGAAUUCCUGCACAGGUAUCAGGAGCUGCUAGAUGACAAUCAGGCACCGUUUUACCUGUUCAGCUGUGCAAUGCGCUGGCUGGCUGUACGACUGGACAUUAUCAGCAUUGCUCUCAUUACAACCACUGGCCUUAUGAUUGUCUUAAUGCAUGGCCAGAUUCCUCCUGCCUAUGCUGGGCUAGCUAUCUCGUAUGCUGUGCAGUUAACAGGGUUAUUCCAGUUUACAGUCAGACUUGCCUCAGAAACAGAAGCUCGCUUCACCUCAGUGGAGAGGAUUGAUCACUACAUCAAGACUCUUUCCUUGGAAGCUCCCGCUCGAAUUAAGAAUAAAACCCCUCCUCUGGACUGGCCCCAGGAAGGUGAAGUUGUUUUUGAAAAUGCAGAGAUGCGUUACCGAGAGAACCUCCCUCUAGUGCUGAAGAAAGUGUCCUUUACCAUCAAACCAAAGGAAAAGAUUGGCAUUGUGGGACGGACAGGCUCAGGGAAAUCAUCUCUUGGAAUGGCACUCUUUCGUCUGGUUGAACUGUCUGGAGGGUGCAUUAAAAUUGAUGGAGUGAAAAUAAAUGACAUUGGUUUAGCAGAUCUUCGCAGCAAACUCUCAAUAAUUCCUCAGGAACCUGUGCUGUUCAGUGGCACUGUGAGGUCAAACUUGGAUCCUUUCAAUCAAUACAGUGAGGAACAAAUCUGGGAUGCUUUGGAAAGGACUCACAUGAAGGAAUGUGUUGUCCAGCUGCCCAUGAAACUUGAAUCGGAAGUGAUGGAAAACGGGGAAAACUUCUCAGUUGGAGAGAGACAGUUACUGUGCAUAGCUAGAGCUCUGCUGCGCCGCUGCAAGAUUUUGAUACUGGAUGAAGCUACAGCUGCUAUGGACACAGAGACUGACUUACUGAUUCAGGAGACUAUCAGAGAGGCAUUCGCAGACUGUACUAUGCUGACAAUUGCUCACCGCCUGCAUACUGUACUGGGCUCUGAUCGGAUCAUGGUGCUAACACAAGGACAGGUAGUGGAAUUCGACACGCCGUCUGCCCUUCUGGCCAAUGAGAACUCACGCUUCUAUGCUAUGUUUGCUGCUGCGGAGAACAAGGUUGCUGUCAAGGGCUAAAAUUCAGGGCAAAGUCACUCUUAUUUUGGAGGGCUCCACUCCCUGCCUAUGGCAGGCCAGCUCUUCUUCCUCCUUAUCCUUCAAGCAGAUUAUUGCCUUUUCAUCUUUUAAUUUUUAGCACAAUGUGUCAAGCCAGAGAGUUUUUAAAACCCUGUCAGAAGAAGAAUUCUUCAUGGUUUUAUUACUGUAUUUAUUCCAUAAUCAUAUUACUACAUUUUUUUGGUUAUUAAAUGCACUCUACAAAUGGCUCAGGGAGCCAUAGUUAUAAAUGUAUCAGAGGCCUAUAAUGAAGCUUUAUACAUGUAGCUAUAUCUAUACAUAAUUCUGUAUAUAGCCUAUAUUUACAGUGGAAAUGUAAGCUGUUUAUUUUAUAUUAAAAUAAGCACUGUAUUAAUAACAGUGCAUAUUAUUUUCUAUCAUUUUUGUACAGUUUAUGGUACCAGAGAUCUGGCUUUGUUAUCAGACUGUGUAAGACACCAUUUUUGUCUCUUACAGUUGGUCUUUUCCUAGUGCCAGAUUUUCUGCGUGUCUGAGUGGAAGUGAAGCUUUGCAAUAGUGUCUUUUAUUGUCCCAUCAUUGUUGUCUAGCGCAGGGGAGAAGAGCUCUGUUGUGUAACUCUAUUGCAUUGUAAUUUAUCAAAGCUAUUUGGAGCAUUGCUAAUGUUCACCAUGGCAGCAGCUGCUGCUUCCCAUGAUGCUUUCCCAAAGCAGGGUUUUGGUGAUCUCCUGAGUGGUCUGGGGAGAGAACCACUUCUGGGUCACGUUAAGGCCUCAUUUUCUCAGUGUUCUGAUACAGUAUUUUUUUUUUUUUACUGUAUCAGCAGGGUUUAUUUUAAAACAAGCGAACCCAAGCUCUUCCUGCUUCGCUGAUCCAACACGUGACCAGAAUCUAAAUGUUCAUGGAAUGAGCUAUAACAAAUUAAUCAUAAGGUUCAAAUCAUACCCUGUAUGCUAGCAGGAAAGCCUUUUCAGAGUUGCUGUAGCUGACUGCCUCUUUUAUCUUGAAUCUGCUAAUGUUCCUCAGAGGUUUAGGUUGGCUUUCACUGGCAUGGGUAACACUAACCCGUUGUUCUGCUCACUUAUGCUAAGGUUAAAUUACAUCAAUAUUUCCUGUUUCUUUAUUGCACACUGGUUAAGGAAACAGUCC